UCCCCCAUUUCGACACCUUCAAGAUGACUCACGAGUCUGUUUGGUACUCCCGGCCCCGCAAGUACGGCAAGGGCUCCCGCGAAUGCCGUGUCUGCACUCACCGCGCCGGUCUGAUCCGCAAGUACGGCAUGAACAUCUGCCGUCAGUGCUUCCGUGAGAAGUCCACCGACAUUGGUUUCAACAAGGUUCGUUUUUUUUUCCUUCUUCUAAUUCUGCGCCCGCACCAUAUCCCGAACACCACUUGA